AUUGUGGGAAGCAGCCAUGGUCUGAGGCGGGCACCUCACCUGUCAGCCGCGCGGGCUCCUGCGCUCGCCUCGUGACCCCGUGACCCCCGCGCUCGCCACUCGCCGUUCGCUAGUCGGCGGGCGGGGGCGGCGGAGGCCCGGCCACCAUGAUACAUUUCAUAUUGCUUUUCAGUCGACAGGGGAAAUUACGGCUGCAGAAAUGGUACACGACUCUCCCUGACAAAGAGAGGAAAAAGAUCACCCGGGAAAUUGUUCAGAUUAUUCUCUCUCGUGGUCAGAGGACAAGCAGCUUUAUUGACUGGAAGGAGCUAAAACUUGUUUAUAAAAGGUAUGCUAGUUUAUAUUUUUGCUGUGCUGUAGAAAAUCAGGACAAUGAGCUCUUGACACUAGAGAUCGUGCAUCGUUACGUGGAGUUGCUGGACAAAUACUUUGGAAAUGUCUGUGAGCUGGAUAUUAUCUUUAAUUUCGAAAAGGCUUAUUUUAUCCUUGACGAGUUUAUAAUGGGUGGAGAAAUUCAGGAAACGUCCAAAAAGUCUGCUGUCAAAGCCAUUGAAGAUUCUGAUAUGUUACAGGAGACAAUGGAAGAAUAUAUGAACAAGCCUACGUUUUAGCUAUGCAUCUACUUGCAGAGUCCAAGUGCUACACGCUGGGAGCCUAUAAAUUAGCAAAUUCCUGGUGUCCAGUUCUUUGACAGAGCCCCCAGCAUCAUGCCAAAAAUAACCUAAAAGGGAUUCUUUGUUAACUAGCAAAAAGUUGUUUAACAUAUUUAUCAUUAUUACAUAUCUGUAUUAU